CCUCAUGCGUCAGAUGCAUUGCAGCAAAUGUUUGUUGGACCGCCCAUUUGGAGUUUCUCUGAAUUCAAGGAAUUAAUCAAAUUACCCUUUUUCAUUUACGAGGCACUAACGUCUGAUAUUUUAAAUACGUAUACAGUAUUCGAGCUUGAAAAACCCCAAUUUUGACGACAACCUGACCGCCAGAUCAGCACCAUUAGUUCCUUAAAAAGUCAGAUCAAGACUUCAUGAAGACCCAGCGUAACACCCGAGCUAUGGCUAAGAGACAGCAGCCAAAGGACUCUAGGAAGCGCCCUGUCAAGGUCACCCAACCCUUGACAGGGGACAUAGUGGUAGCUGCUAUCACUGCCCUCAGGAAUGCCAAUGGUUCCUCUGCUCAAUCAAUAAAGAACUACAUCAAGACAAUACACGGUGACAUCGGUGAGACACCUUCCCUGGGUCGUGCUCUCAAAGCAGCUUCCAGGAGAGGCGAGAUUGAGCUAGUAGCGGCAGGGGGUGGUCUAUUAACCUACAAGUUGGCUAAAAAAGGCAAGUCAAAGACCUUGCGGGCCAGGGGAGCUGCGAAGAAGAAACCUAGCGCUACCAGUGCCCUGCCCAAAACGAGAAGCGAGACGCUUGCUACGAAGAAACAAGCUAAAGAUGCUAUUAAUAAACCUGCCAAGAAGGGUAUCAAGAAGGUUUGCAAGGGACCCACAACCUUGAAGGCAACACCGUCUAAGAAGGCCUCUGCCAAGAAAACGACAAAGGGAGCUCCAAAGAAGCAGGGUGCAAGGAAGCCGCUCAAGAAAGCCACCAAGAUAAGAGAUGACGAGGAGACAUCACGUGACAGCAGGGAGACCAGGGAGAACCUCUUCUCUUCCGUUGGCCUCUGUGGACAUUACUUCCAUCUUCCGAAGGUCACCCGUGGUGGGUCGUCCUCGAUCACACCCGCCACCAUGAUACAUACCAAGGCUAGACACACCAUCUAUCCUAACUCUACGGUGGGUAGGUUACCAGUACCAGAUGAUAAGGUUCCUUGGAAGGUGGAAUGGCCGGAGUAUAGCCCUGUCAAAUACACAUCAGAUCAUGUCAAAGCUGGACCUGUCUGGGCAGAUCCAGAUAUCAUGCAAAAGGGUAGUCCAUCAUUAAACUUCAACAGUAAAGAUGGGAAAGUGAAUCGCCGUAGCUACAUAGGCGACUAUGGUUGCGUGGACGGAGUACCAAGGAAUCCAUGCGGACGUACUGGAAUGAUGGAGAGAGGUUUAUUAGGGAAAUGGGGACCCAACCAUGCAGCUGAUCCUAUUGUAACCAGGUGGAAGAGAGAUUCAUCAGGCAAGAAAGUUCUUCACCCUACCUCAGGCAAACCCAUACUUCAAUUCAUCUCAAUUAGGAGGAAAGAUUCAGGAGAGUGGGCGAUACCAGGGGGCAUGGUGGAUGCUGGAGAGAAGGUAUCACAAGCCUUGAAGAGAGAGUUUGGUGAAGAAGCGAUGAACUCAUUAUCAUUACAGGACAAAGAAUGCAAAGCUGUAGAGAAAGCAGUAGCUAACCUCUUCAAACAUGGUGUUGAGGUGUACCGAGGCUAUGUAGAUGAUCCACGGAACACAGACAAUGCCUGGAUGGAAACCAUGGCUGUCAACUUCCAUGACGACCAGGGAACAAGCGUUGCUAAGUUCUCUCUUCAUGCCGGUGAUGAUGCUGCUGCAGUCCAAUGGCACGAUGUCGGGUCAGAGAUGAAACUCUACGCUAGUCAUUCGUCUUUUAUUGAAAUGGUCACAAAGAGAGUAGGGGCUCACUGGUAAUACACUCUGCUAAUAGAUCUAUGUCAUAGUUUUUUUUUACUGUGUCUAGUGGAUAGUCCAAGUGCUGUAUCGUUCGGGUCAUUUUUUAAUAAAAAAAACAUAUUCUGGUUAACCUUCAUGAAAUAAUCCUUAAAUAAUCUUCGAUAUAUGAAUACCAAUAAGCGUGUAUACAUUACUUUUUUCACAAUCAUAAACAAUAAGCAUUUUGCAAAGUAAAAAAAAAAUAUGCAGAUAUUAAUGAAGAUACAAACCUUAAGAUUACAAUCUUGAUGUCAAAGUAGGUUAAUUUCAAAGACAUUUAAUGAGAAAAAGUUUCCAUUAAAUUGUCAUGAAUUUGACAUUACUGUUUAAACUAUAACAAAGAUAGAAUGUACAUGCAUGUUUUUCAAAAUAACAGAAAUCAUGUCGUUGAGACUCACAUUACAUGCAAGCAUUUUCUUGUCACAUUAUUUCUUAAGUUUACUUUUUAUCAAGUGGAUUAUAACUUUGAAAUAGGGCAAUUAUCUUCUGCAAUAUAAUUGCCUUCCAACUGAUUUGUGUACAUGUAUGUAUAUAUGGGUGCCGUGAGAUAUUGUCUAGUAUUAGUGUAUAAGUACAGUUUUGUUAUGUGUACGGUGACAAUGCAAAGCUGAUUAAUGUAUUGUUUAUAGUUGUAAUUCAGAAUGUGCUUCAAAUUUAGACUGAAUAUUUGAUUGUGCUAUUAAUAGAGAAUACAACCUUGAUAAUACGUUACUCUGAGUGAAUGCAGAUAAAUCAAGAGAACAAAUGAAAUCGGACGAAUGAUAAAAAAGUUCAUAUUUUUCAAAUUUGAGAUCAUUGUUCAUAUGGGACCUUCAAAUCAACAUAUUGGUAACGUUACUCUGAUGUAUUGUCAGACAAAUCUUGCUACACACAAAAUCAUCUUUUUUUCAGUAGAACAGUAUGUCUGUUUAUUGACAACACUUGUGAACAUAAAGUAGUAUUUAUUGAGUAUAGCAUUCAGGGAAAAGGUUUAUGAAGGGGAGAAAUGGAAAUUAAUUAUAAUUUCGUGGACGACAAAAGGGAGUAUUAGUCACAAGCGACCAACCAAAUUGCCAGUUUGAAAUUCACAUAGACUUAGUGAUGUCCUCUUU